UUGUUAUUAUUCGUUUUUUCAUAUGUGGAAGCACUGGUGCUCAGGCGAGUUGCUGAACUCAGGCGAAAUGGGCUAUGGUCAGCGCGGAAACUUCCGAAGUGCGCUGAGCCUCCCCGCAGCAAAACGCACUGGGACUACCUUCUCGAAGAAAUGCUUUGGAUGAGCAUUGACUUUGCCCAGGAACGAAAGUGGAAAAAGGCAGCUUGUAAAAAGGUUUGCUUUGAAUUUAUUUUUCCCGUUUUUCCAAACUAUGCUAGCGUUUUCGUUACUGCUUCUUACUUUGAGUUUGAAAGCUCGGAAGACGAAGAGUCGACAGUCGAAGAAGCUGAACAGCAUGAAAAAACAAGCGAUGUACUUGACGAGAUCGAAAUGCUUAAAAAAGAAAGUCAGAUGGACAUCGAUGAGUUACUAGACUCAUUGCCGAAUGACUACUUUGAUCGCGACGAAAACUCUAGUUCAUCGUCUGAUACCACCCAGGUAAGGGUCCUAGGGUCUGUCGUGCAAAACAUGUUGAUGAGUUCCUUAGCCCGUUUGCAGUUUAUUCUCGAUUGUUGGCUGCUGUAUGAUCAGAUUCAAGAACUGACGCAAAUUGCGGAGGCCGUAGAGAAGCUUCAGCCGAAAGGUCAUACUUUGGAAACUACAAAUGUUGUUACACCGAUUCCAUUUCUCCUGAAGCAUUCGCUCAGGGAAUAUCAGCACGUUGGUCUUGAUUGGCUAGUGACUUUGUUUGAACGCGAGUUAAACGGUAUAUUGGCCGACGAGAUGGGCCUUGGCAAGACGAUCCAGACCAUCGCAUUAUUAGCUCACCUCGCUUGCGCAAAAGGCAUCUGGGGUCCCCAUUUAAUCGUCGUUCCUACUAGUGUUAUGAUCAACUGGGAAAUGGAGUUGAAAAAAUGGUGUCCUGCCUUCAAGAUCCUUGCUUACUAUGGUUCGCUCAGAGACCGCAAGGAAAAACGUAAAGGAUGGUCGAAACCGAACGCUUUCCACGUGUGCAUCACGUCAUACAAACUUGUGCUGCAAGAUCAUUUGAUGUUUCGUCGCAAAAAGUGGGAAUAUCUUAUCCUAGACGAGGCGCAGCAUAUUAAAAAUUUCAAGUCACAACGUUGGCAAACACUUUUGAAUUUCAACGCCAACCGUCGACUGCUGCUCACUGGCACGCCAUUGCAGAAUUCAUUAAUGGAGCUAUGGUCUUUGAUGCACUUCCUUAUGCCUCAUAUAUUUGCGUGCCACUCUGACUUUCGUGAUUGGUUCUCAAACCCUCUGACAGACAUGAUCGAAGGUUCGGUCGGUUUUAAUGAGCAGAUCGUCACGCGACUUCACAAGGUGCUACGGCCGUUUCUGCUACGUCGACUGAAAUCGGACGUCGAAAAGCAGUUGCCGAAGAAGGUCGAACAUAUCGUCAGGUGCCCGCUGUCCAAGCGCCAGCGUUACCUUUACGAUGAUUUCCUGUCAAGGUCGUCCACUAAAAGUCAGAUCUCGUCCGGCAAUGUCAUGUCGGUCAUCAACGUGCUCAUGCAGCUGCGGAAGGUGUGCAACCACCCGAACCUUUUUGAACAGCGACCGAUCAUCUCUCCUCUCGUCGUACUUCGUCUACGUUGUAAUUUUCCAUCAAUGUUGCGACGCAUUGCGCCGACUGAGGUACGAAUCUUAUUCGGGGAAAGCAGCCUGUCGUUACUGACUUUGGUUGCUUUGUUUGUUCCUCCCGUGUGUGCGACCGGAGUUGCAAUGGAUGACGGCUUAAAAGAUGCAGAUACUUGUUCCCCGUGGGAUAUGAAUGAUGCGCUGUCCCAGCUGAGUGCCGAAGAUGACUCUCUACACUUUUUGCACUUCUUCCAAAAUCUGCAGUUCCCGGAACGGCGGCUUAUCGAAUACGACUGUGGGAAGUUGCAAAAUCUUGCUCGACUUCUACGUCAGUUAAAGUCAGACGGCCAUCGCUGUUUGAUUUUCACGCAGAUGGCACGAAUGUUGGACAUUUUGGAGUCCUUCCUCAGCUACCACGGCUACACGUACUUAAGGCUAGACGGCGCUACUGGAAUCGAAAUGCGGCAGGUGUACAUGGAGCGGUUUAACCAAGACUCCAAGAUCUUCUGCUUCAUUCUUUCGACGCGUUCCGGCGGCCUUGGUGUCAACCUGACCGGUGCCGACACGGUCAUCUUCUAUGACUCAGAUUGGAACCCGACGAUGGAUGCGCAGGCGCAAGACCGUUGUCAUCGAAUUGGUCAGACAAAGGACGUACAUAUCUACAGGUUAAUUUGUGAAAAAACCGUCGAGGAGAAUAUUCUGGAAAAGGCCUCCCAGAAACGCAAGCUCGGCGAACUGGCCAUCGAUAAAGGCGGAUUCACCGCGGAAUUUUUUCAAAAGGUUCGCUUUCAGAAAUGUGCUUAA